UUUUAUCUUUGAACGACUACAACUAACCAAUGCGACCAGCGAGGGCAACAUCUUGUGGCGGUGUUUCAUCUUUGAAUGACUUCAACACGCCAUACCUAUGCGAGUGAAAAGGCGAAGAAUCAUCAAUUAACUCUACAAUUCGCGUAGCAUUUUCCAAAUCUAUGGAAAACUGUCCGGAGGACUACAGGAUCCAGUCGUUUGACCUGGAAACCCAAAUGUUGCUUAAAACAGCCUUGAAAGAUCCGGGGUCCGUGAAUCUGGACAAGGUGUGCAACAUUAUUGUGGAUCAGUCGCUGAAGGACCAAGUGUUCAGCAAAGAGGCGGGACGCAUCUGCUACACCAUCGUGCAGGCGGAGGCCAAGCAGAACAACGGCAGCACGUUUAGGAGGAACUUGCUGAACAGGCUCCAGCAGGAGUUCACGGAACGCGAGGAGACCCGAGCUCGAUCCCUGCAGGAGUGGGUCUGCUUGGUCACGUUCAUCUGCAACAUCUACGACUACCUCAAAGUGAACAACACGCCCAUCGUGGCCUUGGUCCAGCCCGUGUACGACUGUCUGAUCAGGCUGGCGCAGCCAGACGCUCUGAUGAAUGAAGAAGAGGUGGACUGUCUCGUUCUGCAGCUUCAUCGCAUCGGUGAGCAGCUGGAGAAGUCGAGCAGCCAGCGCAUGGACGAGCUCUUCUACCUGCUGCGCGACGGCUUCCUCCUCCAGGAAAGCCUCACCUCCAUGGCCCGCCUGCUGCUGAUGGAGAUCCUGGAGUUCAGGGCGGGGGGCUGGGUCCUCAGUGGCACGGCGCACAGAUACUACUACAGCGAAACAGACUAAAGACACCCAAAUGGGUAUGGGAAUACACCAGCAAUUUUGAUUCAAGAACGUGCAAUAGAUCCCCGGAGUUCAAUUCCUGAGGUUCACACAGCCCCCUUAGUUAUUCUUUUAUUUAUUUAUUAUAGUUUUUAUAUAUAUCUUGAAGGCAUUCCUUUCCGUGAGAAUACAUUGCUAGGUUAAAGUUGGGAUAUUCCCGAUCAGAUUACAAGGUGGUUUGACAUCUUUUCUGACGUGUGACAAAUAGUCAAGGGAAUCAAAAUAUCUCUUGGAGUUUUGAGAAGUAUUUUAUUAUUAAAGAUUUGCAGUGCAGUUCUACCUGUGUAGUUUCUUCACCAGCUAUUAGGAAAA